UCGUGCUGGUCAACGCCACAAUCAGUUAGGAACUCCCAAAUCGCGACCUGAGCCCACGCACGCACUCAGUAGUCAGUAACCAUGGCAAUGCCGCCGUCGCUACGUUUUCUCAUCCUCCUGCUCCUCGCCGGCACGGGCGGGGCCACGGCCGCUGCGUUCGAGCUGGAGGAGGCCACCAUCGAUUCCAUACACCGUGCCUUCGCCGCUGGCGAGCUCACCUCCCGCGGCCUCGUCGAGCUCUACUUGCGCCGCAUCGCGUCACUGGACCCCUCGCUCCAUGCCGUCAUCGAGCUCGACCCCGACGGCGCGCUAGCAUCAGCCGACCGCGCCGAUGCCGCCGCCCGCUCCGGCUCCAGCGCGCUCCCGCAGCUGCACGGCAUCCCGGUGCUGCUCAAGGACAACAUCGCUGCGGCCGGGACGCUGAACGCGACGGCCGGAUCCAUAGCCAUGGUCGGGUCACGUCCCGCGCGCGACGCCGGCGUGGUCGAGAGGCUCCGGAACGCCGGCGCAGUGCUCCUCGGCACCGCCAGCCUCAGCGAGUGGUGCAACUUCCGCGGCCCCGGCAUCCCUGCAGGAUGGAGCCCCCGUGGUGGCCAGGGCAAGAACCCGUAUGUGCCGUCGGCAACGCCGUGUUCCUCCAGCAGCGGCUCCGCGAUUGCGGCGGCAGCAAACAUGGCAGCAAUCACGAUUGGGACUGAGACGGACGGAUCCAUCAUGUGCCCGUCCAGCUACAACUCCGUCGUCGGGAUAAAGCCCACCGUCGGCCUCACCAGCCGUGCCGGCGUCAUCAUCAUAUCACCAAGGAUGGACACAGUUGGGCCCAUCACUAGAACAGUUUCGGAUGCUGUGCAUGUGUUGGAAGCAAUUGUUGGCUAUGAUGCCCGAGAUGCAGAGGCUACUCACAAGGCUUCACAAUAUAUACCAGAAGGUGGUUACAGGCAAUUCUUGAACAUAGAUGGACUAAGAGGGAAGAGGUUGGGAAUUCUCAGGAAGGAUUUCUUUCGAUUUCCUUCUGGGUCUGUCCAAGAAAUGGUCUUCAGUGAGCAUUUCAACAUUAUGAGUAAAAUGGGUGCCAUCUUGGAGGACAACCUUGAGAUACCAAGCAUGAAUGUCAUUAACGAUGCCGUGCAAAGUGGUGAACGUGCACUUAUGCUUGCCGAAUUCAAGUUGUCGCUCAACUCCUACUUAUCUGAGCUAGCCACGUCACCUGUUAGAUCAUUAUCUGACAUAAUCAACUUCAACAACAAGCACCCUAUCGAGGAAAGGCUGGCUGAAUUUGGUCAAGACUACCUCAUACAAUCUCAAGCAACAAAUGGCAUUGGUCCAACUGAGGAGCGGGCCAUUGCCAGAUUGAACAAACUGUGUAAAAGAGGCCUCGAGAAAGUAAUGCAAGAUAAUCUACUAGAUGCAAUUGUAGCCCCAGGUGCAUCUGCUCACAGCUUGCUUGCCAUUGGCGGUUAUCCAGCAAUCACUGUUCCAGCUGGAUAUGCUUCAAAUGGUGUUCCUUUCGCCAUCUGCUUUGGUGGGUUGAAAGGAUCAGAGCCAAAGCUCAUUGAGAUAGCUUUUUCGUUUGAGCAGGCAACAAAAGUAAGGAAAUCUCCUUCGCUGCAGCAUUCCAUCAUUUGAAGAUAAAUUCAGAAAUGAACCAGACAUGUAUUCAACUGAGGAAAUGUUUCUGCUGAGGGAACCUUUUAUUUUACGCCUCUCAUCUGGGUGCAGCUGUAGUUUCUCUUCACGCUUGUGUAUGCACGCCACAACCCAACACAAAGAUUAUUGAAGGGACACAGCCCCUGGCGUGAAUAUGCACGCUGAGCCAGGUUCGAACGCGGGUGGUGGGCGCUGCAUCCAGCAGCUCAACCGUCUUUGAACCCAGGCAUCUUGUUCAUUGACUGUUACUUUUGUUCCGAAACAAGUGCUGAACUCUUUGAGCCCAGGCAUAUCUUGUUCAUUGAUUGUUCAUGAUAUGUAUUUUACAAUUUUAGCAUCAACAAGGUGUGACUGACUUCUGCA